AUGCAAGACGUUAUGCCUAAGCUGAACUCUGCCGCAGAAGUUGAAUUGCAAAACCUGCUUCAAAGCGUAAGUUUGUGGAAUUUUGAUGUCUUUCGGGUACACAUCGUUUCUGGUGAAAAUGCACUUUGCUACAUUGGGCAGCACCUUCUUGGUGGCAGUCCUUGUCAGGCACUAAAUAUUAAACGCAACGUGCUUGUGAACUUCCUGUUAGAAAUCCAACGCGGAUAUAUAUCCACGAACCCGUAUCACAAUGGCAUUCACGCUGCAGAUGUUAUGCAGACUGUGCAUUACUUUCUUAUUCAACCAGAGUUAGCACCGUUUCUACGUCCCCUAGAUUAUGCGUUAUCGCUCAUUGCUGCAAGUGUGCAUGACUUCAUGCAUGAUGGCUUCAACAAUAGCUUCCACAUCUCAACGGCAUCGGAAAUCGCGUUGCGCUAUAACGACCAUGCAGUGUUGGAAAACUACCAUGUCGCACAAUCCUUCUUGGUUAUGAAAAAUGCUGAUCUCAAUGUGUUAGGCCAACUUGCCCCAGAUGACUUCAAGUACGCGCGUGACAUGAUCAUUCAGAUGGUCCUAGCAACCGACAUGGCUAAACAUUUCGAGGACGUAGCACUUUUCAAAACUAAUAUCUUAUCAGCAGCUCUUGAUAAGAAUGCUGUACUGGUGAAGGACGUAGGCGACAAAAAGUUGCUGCUGAAAAUGAUUCUCCACACUUGUGACGUAUCAAACCCAGCCAAAGAGCGUGAAACCAUGUUACGUUGGACUGAUCGCGUAGCAAAAGAAUUUUUCAUUCAGGGAGAUAUGGAGAAACAGCUCGGACUUCCAGUCUCACCAUUCAUGGACCGAGAUACAAUUGUGCUCAAGAAGAUGCAAGUUGGGUUUGCAGAUUUCAUCGUGUCUCCGCUCUUUAGUGUUUGGGCUCAAAUUCUUGUUAAUGUAAAUGCCGGUGCCUACCCCGCCUUACUCUCAAACCGCGAGUUCUGGUUGUCACUCUCAGACGACUUCAAACCACACAUGAUCAAGGACGUUAUCCGAGACCUGGAAACUCAGCGGCAACGUGACACCAAAACACGAUAUAGAAUCACAAAGGAGAAAUUAUCCCCGUGCUCGCGUCGUAGUCUCACGAGCAUGCUACUCGAUACAGAUGAUCGGAAAAUGGAUCACAAAUUAGGUCAAUGGAUGGAGUUGAUGGGGUGUCUGCGAGACGAGCUGGAACACCUGGCCCACAGGCUUGUUUGGAGAAGACAAACGUAUCAUGACAAGCUUCGCGUGAAGCUGGCCGAAAACAGCGUGUUGUCGGCGCGGGCUCAUCGUCUGACGCAGCAACUGUCACAGAACACGGAUCUUUCGGAAGAUGGCGCGUAG